GCGUUUUUGCCUGCAGGGCACCCGGCAUGGCUCCCGCCCGCGCUCGCCGCCGAGGGCCGUGAUGUUCGGCCGGUGGGCCCGCCACGCGGGGGCCGCCGCCGGCGUGGCCCUGCCCGCCUCGGAGCUGGGCCGCAGGAGGCGGGCGCUGCGGACGGAGGGGCCGGCCGCUCCGUCGCCAGGCGCGGCCGCGCGCCCCCGCGGAUGCCUGAUGGUCGGCACGGGCGAGUACGUGACGGGCUUCGUGGGCGGAAAGGGCGCCGAUUCGGACAAGAGCUGCGGGGUGCUCGCCCUGGUCUGUUUGGACCUGCGCAGCCGCGGCAAGAUCGGGGCUGGACCUGGACGCUGUUUUGCUGAACUUCGGCUGUGUCUUGUUUGUCGACGUUGGGAGGGACGUGCCGGAGACCAGGCAGAGCCAAACGAGCACAACAAAACGAAAGCAGCACGAACGCCAACGUUUCGGUCCAGCCCUGACCUGCGGGGCCACGGUGCAUACCCGCCGCUCACCCGCUCGUUCGUGCUUGCCUUGGGGCGUCCCCCACGUCGCUGCCCCUGGCGGUGGGAGAGCGC